GGGAUCAUGAGUGGAAAAGCAAAGGCAAGAAGGGCUGCCAUGUUUUUUAGAGGUUGUUCUGAAGAUGCCAGCGGUAGCACCAGUGGCAGCACUUUGCUAUCAGAGGAUGAAAACCCUGAUACGAAUGGCUAAUUCUACAUUUGAGACAUCUAGAAAACUGCCUUUGUUUUUUUCUUAUAAGCAUUUUAAGAAUAUAAAUAGACGUAUACUAGCAUAAGCAUUGCAUAUGUGAAAGCGAGAGGUAUGACUAAAUCUAUGUGCUCACAUAUAUGCUGGGUAACUCGAUCAUGGAAGAUUAUUCUAAGUACAAUGUUUACAUUGACUUUUCUUCUUGUAGGACUCCUAAGUCAUCAGUGGCUUAAAGAAACAGAGGUUCCUCAGAAAUCCAGACAAUUAUAUGCCAUAAUUGCAGAAUAUGGCUCAAGGCUUUAUAAAUAUCAGGCCAGACUUCGUAUGCCUAAAGAGCAACUGGAACUUUUAAAGAAGGAAAGCCAGACUCUGGAAAACAAUUUUCAUAAAAUUCUACUUUUGAUUGAACAAAUAGAUGUCCUGAAGGCAUUGCUUAGAGAUAUGAAGGAUGGUACGGACAAUAAUCACAGCUGGAACACCCAUGGAGACCCUGUGGAGGACCCAGACCACACGGAGGUCCUGGAUGAGGAAAUGUCAAACUUGGUCAAUUAUGUACUUAAAAAGUUGAGAGAAGACCAAGUCCAGAUGGCUGAUUAUGCUCUGAAGUCGGCCGGAGCCUCCAUCAUUGAAGCUGGGACCUCAGAAAGUUACAAAAAUAAUAAAGCAAAAUUGUACUGGCAUGGGAUAAGUUUCCUAAAUCAUGAAAUGCCUCCAGAUAUUAUUCUUCAGCCGGAUGUCUACCCUGGAAAUUGCUGGGCUUUUCCAGGUUCCCAGGGUCAUACCCUAAUCAAGCUUGCUACAAAGAUCAUACCUACUGCUGUUACCAUGGAGCACAUCUCAGAGAAGGUGUCUCCCUCAGGAAACAUCUCCAGUGCACCCAAGGAAUUUUCUGUCUAUGGCAUCACAAAAAAAUGUGAAGGAGAAGAAAUUUUCCUAGGUCAGUUUAUAUAUAACAAAACAGGAACCACCGUUCAAACAUUUGAACUCCAGCAUGCUGUUUCUGAAUAUUUAUUAUGUGUGAAACUUAACAUCUUUAGCAACUGGGGACACCCGAAGUAUACUUGUUUAUAUCGAUUCAGGGUCCACGGCACACCAGGCAAGCACAUCUAGAAGAGUUGGUGCAGAAGGUCAUGCCACAUGUCCAGAAUAUUCAAGAACAUUUAUUCUCUUAGAUGAUACUGCACACAUAGGAAUUGAGAAUUAGGAGUGGGAAGAAAACCUCAAAGUGGUUCAUACUUGCCUAUAAAAAGUAAACAAAUUUUACUAAUAAAAAAUAUGGAAGUAAAUUAAAUA